AUGUUAAGUCCCGAACGUCGUCCCUCCGUGGCAGAAAGAAGGCCGUCGCUGUACAUGUAUCAGCAACCUAAUUCGAUAACUGUCCCGCAUCUGGCUGGUAUUGAGGACCCGUUGCCUGAAACUACCCCGGAAAAAGUGGAUGUUUUGAUUGUGGGGACCGGGAUAGUGGAGAGUAUGCUUGCCGCUGCAUUAGCCUGGCAGGGAUCCUCUGUUCUACACAUUGACUCUAACGAUUAUUACGGUGACACCUCGGCGACAAUGACUGUAGAUCAAGUGAAAAGGUGGGUAGAGAGAAUACACCAGGGACUUGUGCCUUGCUACUCUGACGCCAAAUUAUACGUUUCGAAUAGCAUUCACCCAAAUGGAAAAUAUAUUUCAAAAGAUUUUGGUAUUGACCUUUCACCAAAAAUUUUAUUCUCCAAAUCGGACUUGCUAUCUAUCCUAGUGAAGUCAAGGGUUUAUCAAUAUUUGGAAUUCCAAUCGCUAUCUACUUUCCACACCUAUGAAAACGAUUCCUUUGAGAAAUUAACGAAUACAAAGCAAGAGAUAUUUACAGACCAGAACUUGCCCCUAAUGACCAAACGCAACAUAAUGAAGUUCAUCAAAUUCGUGCUCGAAUGGGAAGCACACCCUGAAAUAUGGGAACCUUACGCUGAUAGAACACUGAUGGAGCUUCUUGUCGAGAAGUUCAAACUUGAAAAGCCACAAGUUUUCGAGUUAAUGUUUUCUAUCGGGUUAUGUUACAAUAUCGAUGCCAAAAUCCCAGGAUCUCUACAAAGAAUUCGUCGGUAUCUGAGUAGUUACGACGUGUACGGUCCAUUCCCAGUGAUGUAUUCUAAAUAUGGGGGCGCGGGUGAGAUAUCACAAGGUUUUUGUAGAUCGGCUGCGGUUGCUGGGGCUACGUAUAAAUUGAAUGAAAGGUUGCUGUCGUUCGAUCCGAACACUAAAGUUGCUACUUUCCAAGAUGGGUCGAAAGUUUCCGUUGAAGAAAAAGUUGUUAUUUCCCCCACGCAGGCAUCGGAAUAUAGUAAAAACGUUCCGGCGCAAAAAUACGAAGUUCAUAGACUGACGUGUGUCGUGGAAAAGGACUGUACGGAAUGGUUUGCCGAGGGUGAAUCGGCAGCUGUUAUUGUUUUCCCACCGCAGUCAUUGAAAUCUGGGAACAAACAAGUGGUGCAAGCGUUUAUUUUAGGGUCGAACUCGGAAUGUUGUCCAAGGGGGACCUCGAUAUGGUAUCUAAGCAGUACUGAGCAGGGGCCUCGUGCAGAAAUGGACUUGGAUGCCGCGCUAGAAGCAAUGGAAAUGAGUAUUCUGAGGGAAUCGGAUCAAGAUAUUGCUGCUGACGACGACCUUGUUCAAAUGGCUGCUGACGGGCAUGCGGCCGUGAUCAACUCAGUGAAACUGGGUAAGUCAUUCAAGGAAUACAUUUCAAGAGAAAAAGUUCAAUUUCUUUUCAAGCUUUACUACACACAAUACACUGCUACUCCAGCAUUUGAUGUAGUUAAUCCUACGUUUUUCGAUACGGGGGCACAAAUUAGUGGUAAAUUGAUACCUGGGGCUAGCGAUAACGGUUGCCUUUACACUGCAAUGCCAUCGAGUGAAAUAUCAUACGAUGAAGUAGUCUCAGCUGCAAAAGUGCUCUAUGAAAAGAUAGUCGGUAGCGAUGAUGAUUUCUUCGAUAUUGACUUUGAGGAUGAGGAUGAAGUGGCAAACAACGAGCAAAGCAAACUCUCGUAUGAAAAUGCCAUUGAAGAUGAUGACGAUGACGUUGGCGGUGCAGACAGGGAUAUUGAAAUGCAAGACGAGACAAGUGAAUUUGUUGGAGAGAUGGAACUAUGA